UGUUACAUUCUCAAAGCAGUGGGUGGCGUUGUGCGCAUUUACCGUCGACUCGCUAAUAUACGCGAAGAAGAAGAAUUAGCAGCAGGAGAAAACGAAGAAGAAGAAGACAAGAGGCGCUAACAACUAGCUUGGCAGGGUACGUCGAGGAAAUUCUGAGAAUUGUCUUUCUUCACCACACGGCCUCCCCUUCGCCCCCUUGACGAGCGCUGCAGGAUUGUUGGGGUUUUAGCUCUCACCCUGACCUGCCAACAUGCCAGCCGCACUUACAGAUUCCAGUCAGAUAAUCUGUGAAGUCUGGGCGAGCAAUGUGGAGGAUGAAAUGAGGAAAAUCCGGCAGAUUAUUCAAAGCUAUAAUUACAUUGCUAUGGACACAGAAUUCCCUGGAGUCGUGGUCCGGCCAAUCGGUGAGUUUCGCAGCACAGUGGAUUAUCAGUACCAGCUGCUGAGGUGUAACGUAGACCUCCUGAAGAUCAUCCAGCUCGGCCUCACGUUCAUGAACGAGGAUGGAGACUAUCCUCCGGGCACGACGACGUGGCAGUUCAACUUCAAGUUUAACCUCACAGAAGACAUGUACUCACAGGACUCCAUAGACCUGCUACAGAACUCCGGCCUCCAGUUCAAAAAACACGAAGAAGAAGGAAUCGACACGCUCUACUUCGCUGAGCUCCUCAUGACAUCGGGCCUGGUGCUGUGUGAAAACGUCAAGUGGCUCUCCUUCCACAGCGGCUAUGACUUCGGCUAUCUGGUGAAGCUCCUGACAGACGCACGGCUCCCUGAGGAGGAACACGAUUUCUUCCAGAUCCUCAACCUGUUCUUCCCCGCCAUCUACGAUGUCAAGUACUUAAUGAAAAGCUGCAAGAACCUGAAGGGAGGGCUACAGGAAGUCGCAGACCAACUGGAGCUGAAGAGGAUCGGGCGGCAGCAUCAGGCUGGAUCAGACUCGCUGCUCACCGGCAUGGCUUUCUUCAGGAUGAAAGAGCUUUUCUUUGAAGACAACAUUGAUGACGCAAAGUAUUGUGGGAGAUUGUACGGCCUGGGCUCAGGCUCCACCCAACCCCAGAAUGGCAUUUCCAGCUCGGGCCAGGAGGAGACGAACAACAAGCACUGACUGAGCGCUCAGAUCUUCAAGUGGAAUACGCACUUGUUUUAAAACCCAACCAGCAGAUUCCCUCUGAUCUCCCUCAACGAGACAAAACGACAACCUUUCUUUCCAUUUUCCUCCUGAGUGACUGUAAAUGGACUCACAGCGGAUCCUUCACUGGCUCACUCGUUUCUUUUUAGUCACUUUUACUGAGUACAUGGCCAUAUAUUCAGAACGCUCUUUUAAUCUGUCGGAUUUUUUUGCUCCAGCAUUAUAGUGACACCCUUCUUUAAAAGCAUGGGACCAGCUCCUGUAUCAUACUGUGAUUUCUGACCAAACCUUGACAAAAAAAAAAACAAAACAGUCCGAUACUUCAGUUCAGGCUUUCUUUCAUCAGCGGGACAUGUCUCUUGUUGCAGGGAUUUCAUUUUUUAAGUUAAUGUUGGAAGGGCCUGUAAAUUAAAAUGUAUAAUUUUGAUGAAAAUAAAAAUGUUUUAGCUCUUUUCCACUUUCAGAAACUUUUAACAGUGUAUAACUGUGCUUGGUUAUGCAUGUUUCAAUGGGCAAACUACUGUCAUUCUGUACAUUCACCCACCAAACCAAACUGUCCACCGUCAGGUUUACAGAUGUUGUGGUUACUCUUGUUUUUACAUUUGACAUUGUUUUAACAGUUGUAUAUUAAAUUGUUUUGUAUUUUCAAUGUAAACGUUAA